UGACCUCCGCUUCACUCCGCAGGCAUGUCCUGCCCACCGCUAUCCCCCACUUUAAUGCCCGGCGCAUUCGACGACUGCUUCGACGCCAGCAGUGUCAGUGGUAGCAGCAGCGAAUACGGCUUCGACUUCACCCCCGAGGAAGAGACCCUGCUGGAUGAGUUGCUCACCAACGCCGUCGCCGAACACGCCACCGCCCCCGCUAUCAUCCCUCGCCAGCCUUUCCACCACCAACUACAACAACAGCACCAACAACCUCAAUUACAUCCCCCGACAGCACCCAUCGCGGUAACGGAUAUUGAACAGUGUCAUGAGGUCGUUCCUGAGCGCGUCCCCCGCGUGCUGGGGAGGGAGAUGCCUCCGUGGCAGGCUGCGAGGUUCCGUCGGUCGCCAGAUCAGGGCCCAUACGGUGGUGCCGCAAUUGUAGAGCAUCCUAAUUCAACCGAAGGACGUGAACGAGACCGCGAGAGACAGCGCACGCGCGAGCAAGACGGGAUCACCACCACCACAGACGCACCAACAGAACCCGACACGCGCUCCCCCGUAGAGCGCUUCCGACGACCGCCCAACAAGGCCUUCUCGGUAACGGAUUUGAUCUCGCCCGCGUGGUGCGAACUGCAAUACUGGUACACGCUGACCAAGUUCGGGCGCAAGCGGCGCACGGCCGCGAUGAAGACCGGGUCGACGAUCCACAAGACGCUCGAGGACGAGAUCUAUACGACUGUCUCGGUGGAGAUUACCACGCGCGAGGAUGCGCUUGCCUUGCGCAUAUUGAACGUCAUUCAGGGUCUGCGCAUGCUGCGCGAGUACGGCAUCACCCGUGAGCUGGAGGUGUGGGGCGUUGUGGACGGGGAGCUGGUCAACGGUGUGAUUGAUCAGUUGUCGUAUGAGUGUCCGGAUCCGGAGUUGGAGGCUACCGCCGCGUCUUACUACGCUGAUGUGGAGGCCUCCCGUGAUGUUAUGCCUGAGUAUCAGAUGUCGCUGUCGGAUUACCUGCUGUCGCCGACGCAGGGCGGCAAGCGGUUGUCAGAUGUGUUCUCACCGGAUGAGGCCGAGCAGCAGCAGAGCUCGCUGGACGAGGCCGCCGGAGGGAGCAGUCAGUCGGAGGAGGCCUUCAAUCUGCCGCGGGUGUACAUGACGGACGUCAAGACUCGAAACAGCAAAUCGGUACCUACCGUUAAGAGCUCCUCGUUCCGGCCGACGCUGCUCCAGCUGCAGAUUUACUACCACAUGCUCAACCGCAUGGUCACCAGCGACGACGUGUCGAUCGAGAUGAUCGCCGCGCGCUACGACCUGGACCCUGAGCGCCGCUUCACAGUCGCCUUCAUCAAUGAGGUAGGCGGCCUUAAUGACCAGUUCUUCGAUGCCCUCUCGUCAUCCUCCCCGGAGGUAAACCCCGACUCUUCACCCUCAGGAAGCAGCCAGGACUCAACUAGCAUACUCCUCACCCACAGCAACCUUACCCAACUGUGGGGCUUCAUGAAAGACCAGCUCCGCCUCACCUUCCUCCUCCCGCCACCGUCCCAAUCGUCGUCAUCCCCCUCCCCACCCAUCUCCAGCGCCCCAUCCAUCCCCUCCGAGUUCCAACCCCGCCUGCUAGAAUCAUAUGCCACAGUGAUCUCCCCGCUGCUCACAGCGCGGUACCUCUCAUCGACGCCCGCAGAUGACGACGACCUCCAGCCGCGGGUGCUGGGCAGUCGAUCGUUCCUCUUCGACCCCACGUCUAUGAUGUCGUACCUGACGGACCAGAUGGAGUGGUGGCGUGGGCAGCGCGCGCCUCGCGGGGUCGAGGUCAUGGAUGCGUGGAAGUGUCGUAUUUGUGAGUUUAAUGAUGAGUGUACGUGGCGGCAGGAGCGGGAGUGGGCUUAUGCGAGGCGGAAUAGGGGGAGGUCUGCUUCUCGGGUUGUUUAACAGUAGGAUAUGUUGGAUUGAGCAUAUGGUGUUUAGAGGAUAUUUUGUAUUGAGUAUAUCGUGUAUUGAGCAUAGCGUCGGUGUUGGCGUUUUGGUAUACUAUUUCGACUUAGGGGC